AUGCACAAGGAUGCAACAUAUCUUGUGGGCAGAGAGCAGGGGCUCGACGCCUUUGAUCGGAUGUUCUCUAUCCUCUCCAGACUGACAUUCCUGGCAUAUGGAGACGCCAACGACACUGUUGGUCUGAACCCAAACAAGGUGUUUGGUGGAGCUCGGAAGUUCUGUGAGGAGGAACUGGGAAAAGACUCUCCUUCACUGGACAAGUGUGAAUCACAACUGCUCAAGGAUGCCACGGGGAUAUGUGGAGGAGUAAUUGACAGGUAUGGCACUUGCUAUGCGCCCAAAGGAGGCGUUCAAGAUGGAUCAGUUCCUUCUUGA